UCUGCAACCUUACUUCUCCGGGCCGUCAUCUUCAUCAAUCUAAGCUCCAAGAGUCUCAACACUCAUCAAAAGGCAAAUUUCGGGGUGAAUUUAUUCCUCCCCAACAAUUAUGGAGAAGCUGCAGUCGAUGGUUCCUAAAACCCUUGGGCGCCGUAUUGCAGAAAGCACGCCCCACGACCUUCCUUCCACUUGUUCUUCCCUCCUCGACUUCUUUCUCCAACAACCCACGUUUCACCAAAUGGUUAGGGACUUGACAGACCCAGAAACGGCUCUCUGUCGGAAGAACAAAGAGGCUGCUCUGGAAUCCAAGCGCAAGGGCAACGAGUGCUUUUCUAAAGGAGACUACUCCAAGGCAUUGAAUCUUUACUCCCAGGCAUUGCGUGUUGCUCCAACAAAUGUUGAUGACACAGUUAAGAAUCUGGUGGCCAUGUUAUACAUGAAUCGCGCAUCUGUAUUGCAUAAAAUGGAUCUGCUGGUGGAGUGUGUACGAGAUUGCAAUCGGGCUCUUGUAAUUUCUCCAAAUUAUUCUAAGGCAUGGUAUAGAAGGGGUAAGGCUAAUGCUUCCUUGAAAAAUUAUGAAGAUGCUGUGCGUGACCUGGAAGUUGCUGUUAAGAUGGAACCCUCUUUGAGUGGAAAGAGGCAGAUAGAGAAUGAACUAAAGUUAAUUUCAGAUCAAUACAAGAAGACAAGCACUUCACUAGAUAAAUCUAAUGAGAGCAACCUGGGUUAUUCUCAGUUUUCUAUGACAGAUGAAUCUCACAGAGUAAAACUUCACUGUGUCUCUACACCAAUGAGAGGAAGGGACAUGACUUCUCAGGCUGACAUUCCUCCAGCUUCUUUAAUUCAUGUCGAAGAACCAUAUGCAGUGAUCAUACUGAAGCCCUAUCGGGAAACUCAUUGUCAUUUCUGCUUGAAUGAACUGCCAGCUGAUACAGUUCCAUGUUUAUCAUGUUCAAUUCCGUUGUAUUGCUCUCAGCAAUGCCAAGAACAAGCAGGAGGAAAAAUAAUGAGGAUUAACACCAAAAGUUUUGACAUUAGCAAAACUUUCUCAGAUGAGAUAGAAAAAUACAUUGCAGAUAUUACUUUACCUGAGAUUUCUGCUUCACACAACCAGCAUUUUGCUGAACAUAGACAUGAAUGUCAUGGUGUACAUUGGCCUGCGGUAUUGCCUUCUGAGAUAGUUCUAGCUGGUCGAAUUUUAAUGAAGUCUGUAGAGCAGGAAAGACACUGUAGCUUCGGUUCUAACCCCAUUGGAACUUUGGAUCUCUCUCACAAUUAUGAACAGUUGCCUCCAGAAAGGAAAUUGGAGUUGCAUAUUUAUUCCAUCAUUUUAUUAUACUGUCUUCAGGACUCUCUUGGUUCUAAAUUUCCAGAGUAUGGGAUUACCAUUUCAAAGUUUGUUAUACUACUGUCUCAAAUCAAGGUAAAUUCAAUGGCCAUUGUUCGGAUGAAACUUCUAGAUGUAUAUGGCCCAACAGCUCAGUCUGGAAAAUGUUCUCAAGCUGGGGAUGCUUUAAUGAGCAAUUUGGAACAGGUUAGAGUAGGACAAGCUAUUUAUUCAUCUGGCAGUAUGUUUAAUCAUUCUUGCCAGCCAAACAUCCAUGCAUAUUUCCUUUCUCGUGCUCUCUAUAUACGAUCAACAGAAUUUGUCACUGCUGGUUGCCCACUGGAGCUUUCAUAUGGUCCCCAGGUUGGACAAUGGAACUGCAAAAGCCGCCAAGAUUUUCUGGAAGAUAUAUAUUCAUUUAAAUGUCAGUGCAGAGGUUGUUCAGAAGUAAAUUUAUCUGACCUUGUGUUAGAUGCUUUUCAUUGUGUCAAACCAAAUUGUUUUGGUGUAGUCUUAGAUGGCCGCAUGGCACGGUAUGAACAACAGAAAAUUAACUGUUUUCUUGGUGACCCUCCAAUUUGCAGUUUAGAGCUUCAUGUACAGGUUGACAAGGGAAGAAAUUUUGACAUUGAUAAAGUGGCUGGCCAUGUGUUUGAUCAACACAGAAGUAGCUGUCAAAUUAAACCAGGAUAUUGUUUGAACUGUGGUUCUUAUUGUGACUUGGGAGCCUCACGUGCAGCAGUUGAUGAAUCUCAGCUUUCUAUCAAAAGAUUGCAGGAUGCAAUAGUUGCUAAUGAAGUCCAAACGAGUACUCUCUCAGAUGCUUUGAAAUCGCUUGAUAUGCUCAGAUUGACACUCCAUGCAUACAACAAAAAAAUUGCAGAGGUGGAGGACAGCCUUGCACGGGCAUUUUGUUUGGUUGGAGAACCACGACUAGCAAUGGACCAUUGUAAGGCAUCCAUUGAGAUCCUUGAAAAGCUCUACGGUCCUGACCACGUUGCUCUUGGGAAUGAAUUGGUGAAACUUGUGUCGAUUCAGCAAUUACUGGGUGAUGAGAGUGCUGCGGACAGUAUACACCGGAUGGAGACAAUAUUUUGCAGGUACUAUGGAUCUCAUGCGAACAGGAUAUUCCCAUAUCUGCAACUGCAAGCCCAUUAUUGAAGGGCUCACUCUAAUUCUUGCAUUCAAGUGAGCAACAUUAACCAAAUCAAGCCACGGUAUCGCAAACUCCAUAGUCCCGUGUGUCUUGAGCAGCAGUAGUAGAAUACGCGGGCUCUCUGCUAUGCCAGGUUCUGGGUUAGCAUUGUGAGCCACGUGAUGUGAGACGAAGUAACGUGCUGCAGAAGCCAGCAGCUGUAUCUGGUUUUAGAGGAUUGGUAUGUUUUUAAGAUUGGUUUUGCCUGUCUGCUGUUGGUUUUUCUAAGCAAAUUAUCUUGGGCUUUCUUGGCACAUGGCCUAUUAUUGUAUCUUAAAGGUAGUGAAAAGGCAUCAAUUUCUCACUAGUUUCUUUAAUAAGAAUAUCAGGAUCCCCUUGCAUGGUUA